AUUCAGUUGGGCGUCUUUUGUAACGAGGACAACGAUACUAUGAUGACUUUAGUGCACAGAGUACCUUCGAGCUAGACACGAGUCGCUACAUAUCAAGUAUCGUUCGAGAAGCUUUUUAACUAUCAGUAUGAGCCGACCUCUACUAUAAAAGCACAAUGAAUUCUAACAAGGAAUUUCCGAAUAACUUCGGAGCUUAUAUCUCUAAAGUUAAGAGGGAUAUUUUACAAACCAUUAAUGAAAAGAAUUCUGUGGGUAGUGUCACUAGGAUCGAUUGUCGUAAUUUGAAGUCUCAACUCUUCGAUGUGUCGGAAAAUGUGGCUUGUGAUUAUAAACACAUGAGCUCAUACACUUAUGACAAUCUAGACACUGAAAUCUCCGCCGGAAAAAACAACAACUACACACAGUCGGUUAUAUAUUCGGGCGGCUUGUCGGGGACGUUAAGUUGUGAAGAAUGUUACUGCUUUACGUUAGUGAUACGUUCUCGAAUGCGCAUUUACUUUGGUUCCUGGCUACGUUUAGCUACAGAUUAUAAAUCUGCACGUAUUUUGCGUGACCAUAAUCUUCUCAAAUCAUCUUUACUCUUCUGGAAAUACGGUAUCCUUUUUACCAUGUAAAGUAAUUGCCAUCGAAAUAGUAAUUCGUCCUCCUAGAUAUGAUUUUCAGAAAAUUGAUAACGAGGUACAAAUUUGUUCCAUUUACUAAAAUUUAAACAAUUAAGCUGUUUGCAUAAGCUUCAUUUAUUACAAAACCUAUCCUGACCAAUUACAGUAUGUUGUGUGGCGAUUGAAACGUACAUUACUUUUUAAUGGAUUGUUCGAUUGAUGAAGUACUUUAUAUUUAACUCAUACGUGAUGUCAUCUUGGAGUUUAUAUUCUAUUCCCACUUUUAAAGUCAAUGAAACUACCUGCGAUAACUUUUAGUCCGUGAUACAUUUUUACCUGAAGGGUGUAUUUUGUCAUGACGCUGACGUCAAUGGUUCAUAUGAGCUAAGCUGUCUUAACAGAAUUAACUUGGUAAAUCAUUUAGAAUUCGACUUUCGAAUCUCGCUAAAAUUUGCAAACAAAAAGGCUACACAUCAUCAUAACAUGAAUAUAAAGGUAAUUGUGUAAGUUCAUUUUUGUCUUCCGAAUAAGACGUGCGGACGUUUACUCAAUAUUGACGUUUUAUCUUUCAGUCGCGCUCACUUUUUAUUUGGGUAUCUUACGUACAAAAAAGACGGAGAAGAAACAAGUCAAAAAGUAUGGCAAAUGCUAAUUAUCGUCUUCAGGCAUUGCAAAGCCACAUGACAUGUUGGAAAACGAAAUAUUUUCUAACUGGGAAAUCUGCUGUUGAAAAAUCCCUUUUUGCUGCAGCAAGAGCUCACGAUCGUCGGCAUAUUUUACGUAAAGCUUUAUUUGUUUGGAUGUUAAAACAUCAGUUUUGGAAACAAAAAAGAGUAUUACGUAGAACCGCACUAAAGUUUCUUCACAAUAAAUUGAACAAAGCUAUCAUGGUGUCAGUAAUUCAAGAGUGGUAUCACCAAAUUUUAGAUAUCCAAAUUUCAAAUAAACAUAAUAGGUAUAGAAUUUUGAAGACGUUCCUAAAAAUUUGGUCAUAUGGAAGCAAAGUAUCAAUUAUAGAACGUCAAAUGUAUUUUUCUGCUUGUAAUUUACAUUCUAUUUUAGUACGUCGUCGGUGCUUUUUGUUAUGGAGAAAUUAUGCAUUAUAUAAGAGAAAAAAACACAAACAAAUAAAAUUUGUUAUUCGAUUUUAUAAAAUAAAUCAAAUAAAAAAGUACUUUGUUGCUUGGAUGAAUUAUCAUUUUGUGGCUGUUGAUCAUCGCAGUAGUGUUCAAUCCAUGAGUAUGAAACAUAAUACAUCAUUAAUCAAACAGUGUUUACUGAAAUGGAAAGAUUAUUGUACUACCAACCAAUUAUUAUUGUCGAAAUUAUCUCAUUUUAAAAAGUGUCAGAAAAAUAAACUACUCAAGGAAUAUUUUCAAUAUUGGUUGAGUAAUCUUCUCUCUAAACAGUCACAAGAAAUAACAAUCCGGAGUUUUAGAAAACAUAAAUUUAUGGAAAGCAUAAAAAGGUUGUUUCUUGCAUGGUUACAAUGGACGUCUAGUCGUCGAGAAUACCUUUUGAAAAUGCAGCUUACUUUUAAAAUAAGUUUAGAGAAUAUGCGAAUUGUUACUAUACGAAUUUGGUGGAGACACUGGAGAUCUGUGUAUAACUAUUGUUCAAACGCUAAACUUGCAUGCAGACUUUAUGAUAAACAUAUACUUGUUCAGUGUCUCAAUUGCUGGUCUGCUUUUAUUACUAUCAAGAAACAUAAAAUCAAAUUAUUUAAAACAGCUAAUGACUUUCGAAUUCGAACAAUUCAGAAGCACUUCUUAAGCCAAUGGCAUUUGAAACUAAUUGAAAAUAGUAAAUUUCAAGCUUUGAAAUCCAUAGCUCUUGUGCGAUGGUCUUUAUCCUUACAAGCAAAAGUAUGGAAGGCUUGGCAUUUAUGGAUUGGAAAACAAAAGUAUAAAAGAAAUAGACGAAAAACCGCUACCCAACGGUUUUAUGAGCACAAAACUGUCGACGCUCUAAGACUAUGGAUUACUGUGGCUUUGAAUAAACGUCAUGAAAGGCAUAUGAAGUACUGUUCAAAAUUUUGGAACAAUGACAUUCGUGUUUUUAAAUUAGUACUUAAUACAGCAACACGUUGGUACUGGUGGACGUUUUCUAGAGGAAUUAGUCAAAAUUCAAGUGAACUUAAUAUGAAUAGUAUUUGGGCUGAUAUUUCUGAAUUGACUAAUGAAAAUCGCAUAUCCAGACUUUCAGAAUGUGGCAAUAAUUUCAGAACAAUACGAAAUCAAGAACUAACACCUGCACGUUAUCCCGACUUCAUUCUCCCUGAACUACAUUCACUUGGGCUUACCAAUGCUAUAGAAUUCGAACAAACAUCAGCUCAUGUACCUCCAUUAAAUGAAACUUUUCACCAUGAGACGUCCAAUUGUCCAGAUAUUCAUUCCUGUGGUUAUCCAUUUCUCAACACACCAGAUGUUCGUGAAAUUAAUUUAUAUCUAAACUCUUUGUCGGAGCGGGUAUCUUACUACAGAAUGAUAAAGUCUAAAUAUAAACUGAUUUAUCAACGCCUUUAUUUAGAGGAUCAGAUGGAGAAUAAAGCUAAUUACAAUAAAGAGGGAUCUGGUGAUGUAUCUUUCAAGUAUCACCUGAAGACGGAGAAAGAUACAUGUAACUUCCUCAUCAAAGAACUACGGUCUUUCUUUGUCCAGUUAUCUAAGUCCACAUAAUAUAAAAUAGUUGUUUAUUAGUGGAUUUUUAACUUUAAUUCAGUAUCAAUCGCUUUUUUGUACUGCUUCACUGGAAUUUGUUGUUAAUGACGCUUUCGUGUCUUUCAAGUCUAAUAAUGAUGUAAAUCUUGGUUGGUAGUUAUUUUCACUUUGGUAUGUUAAUAAAAUAUUUGAUGAUGUGUCUUGAUGCUUUUUUGCUGAAGCGCGCACAGACCUUUAUGUGCGUAAUUAUGACAGACUUAUUUUGUAACUAGUUUUUGCUACUAUCUUCAUUCUUUUCACUAACUCUCAUAAUUUGUUCGUUUACUAUGAGUGACUGCAAAAUAGUUGUCUAAAAAUGCAUGACAUUAUAUUUCCAUUUUCGUUUUGAAUUCUCCAAUAUCAUGACACUGAUUACAUCUUACAAAAACAGUGUUGCACGUAUAUGUCUAUUGUUCUCCAUUACGUGUUGUUAUGAUAACAGAACUCUAAUGUAUUUACUGUCUUCGUUUACAGCCCACAGUGAUGUUCCCAUUUUAUCCUUCAUGUGGAUACACAUUUUGAAUUAUAACAAUUGUGAUCGGAAUUAAUAACUACUUAUAAUUGUGGAUUAAUAAACUAAAAGAAAGUGAAACACACCAAUUCCUGACAAUUUAAGUAACGCCCAGUAUAUUUUUCUUGUGUAUGUAGAUUGUAUUUAAUAUUAUUAUCAAUAAUGACUUUAUUCAAUAUUUUAUCUUGAUACACAUUAUUGAAUUCUCAGAACGAGGUAUUUCAAAAAGUUUCUUUUACAAAAACAAAAAUGAAAAGUGAAGAGCAGAAGGUGAAAAACAUUUGAAUUUGUAGAAGUUUUAGAUUAGACACAUGUUUAAGAAUACAGGUCAUUGACUAGGUUAACUCAAACAACCUGUUCAUCACAUAGUAUGUUUGCUAGAUAAGGUAAUAUAGAACCUUUUACGUCAGCUUGCGUGCAUGGAUUCUAAUGCACUGAAGUCUCGUUCUACCAGAAGCUAUAAAAGAUGAAAGUCAUGGAUGAAGAGGACGGUCACUAUCUGAUAAUGUAACACCCAUCAGGAGUUUGUAAGACUUAAGUUGUCUAUCCGCAACCAUAUUAAUAAUGGCCUCAAAAGAUUCACCACACACCCUGCUAACUGUCUUCAGCAGUUUUAGAAAUAUAGAAAAGAAUUGACAAACUGUAAGAUUAAAUGAAUAAUCCUGAAAUCAUGCAGCCUCUUUAUGUAGUCGGUCAGGCGGA